AGGCAAGUUUGUUUGGCUCGGCGGGUCGCGAACGUCGUCCGAUCGGCGGCGGUUUUUGUUUUUCGUACUUUUUUAAAUUAGUGACAAACGAAACGAUUUUUUUCACAUAAAGCCGAUAAUGUGAACGUCGAAAAAUGAACAACUCGAACAAAUUCGAUCAGUGAUACGAAAACGAACAUGAUAUAAAACGUCAAGAUGAUGAAGUUCAAAUCGUUGUUCCGUAGAGGGCCCAGUCAGGGGAAACAGGAGGCCACGUUGAAGGGCGCUCCGUCAGUCUCAAGUUUAGAUUCCAAACACCACAAAGUCGCGCCCGCAAGAGAAAAGACCCUUAAGAUCUUCGGAUCGAAGGAGAAACUUCACAAAGCGCACAAGAAGAAGGACCUCGGCAACAACAAUGCGGUGUUAGAGGAUCCUGAGUUGCCAGAUGUUUUGGAAUACGAAGAUGGACGGGUCAGGCACGAUUAUGGUAGUGCUGAGGAACUGGGCGUGUCGGUAGACGAGCGUGGCUCCCAGGAGUGCGUCAGUCUGCCCGUCACGCUAAAUGCAGACCACAUGCCGGGCUUUCAAGAGGUGGAGCUCAGGCCUAGAGUACCAUCUGAGGCGUCAUUGGCAUCCGAAGCCCGGGAGAUUGAGUCGUUGAGAAGGGAACUGGAAGCGACCGCGAUGGAGCGCGCCCAGCUGCAGGCCAGGGUCGACGAGCUAAUGGAGAAGGCUACCGAGGCGGACAAGUUACGAACCGAACUUGAGAGGUUGAAGAACCAAGAAGUGGAGCGCGAGGCGGCGCUGGAGCGGCUGGCGGACGAGAACGGCGCGUUGCGCGCGCGGCUGCGCGGCGUCGCGCACUCGCCGCUCUCCGACAGCGAGAAGCGGCAGCUGCUGCUCGCGCCGGCGCCGCGCCGCAUGCACUCCUCCGCACCCGCGUCCAUCGCACUCGCGCAUAAUGGUGAAGGCGACAGCGGCGAGGCGACGACCCCGGAGUGGGACAAGCACUCAUCGUCAUCACUCAGCGAGGUGUCGGUCGCGUGUCUACAAGACCGCAUCUUGCAGAUGGAGGAGCACCAUUACAGUACCAGCGAAGAACUUCAAGCGACGUUGGCCGAACUGGCCGACCUGCAAACCCAACUGGCGGACGCGCACGCGGACAACGAACGGCUCGCGGACGAGAAACAAGUGCUGUUAGAGUCGCUUUGCAGACAGACUGAGAAACUAGAGGACAGCAGGACUAAGGUAGACACGCUUCAGGAACUGCUGCUCCGUGAAGGGAUAGAGCCAGAGACGCUAGCGCCCGGCGACACCGACCAACAGCUACUGGCUGUUUUGAAGUUAUCGCAAGAAGAAAAAAGGCAUCUUCUAGCGAAACAAGAACAACUCGAAACCGAAUUGACGGAAACCAAAACAGCAUUAGAAGAGAAAACCAAAGAAAAUGAAGCGCUUACAGAGAGAAUUAGGUCGCUGGAGAGCGCGGCGGAGCAGGCGGAGGCGGAGCGCGGCGCGGCGGAGCGUGACGCGGCCGCGCGCCAGCACCAGCUCGCCACGCUCUCCGACCUGCUCGACGCCGCCAGGGCCAAGUUGUCGGAGCGCGCGGGCGCGGCGGAGGGCGCGGCGGAGGCGGAGGCGGCGGCGGCGGCGGCGCGGCGCGAGGCGGACGCGGCGUCCGCGCGCGCCGCCGCGCUGCAGGACUGCCUCGCGCAUGCGCAGCGACAGCUCGACCGCGCGCACCACGACGCGCGCAAACUGCACGACGACGCACUGGUAUCUAGAAACAAUGCCAAAUCGACCAUAUCAGAGCUGGAGUUCCAGUUGGAACAGCUGCGGCAGGAGAAGACAGCGAUGCAGGGGGAGAUCAAAACACUGCAGGACAAUGUCGGCGAGCUUCAAGUACAGGUGCAAGUGGCGUCGGACGAGAAGUUGUCGCUGAUGACUCGCGCGGGCGAGGCCAUCGCGCGCGCCGCCGACUUCGAGCGACAACUCACCGACGCGCGACAGCGACUCGCGCAGCUCACGCGCGACCGCGAGCGGGACGAAACAGAAUGGAAACAGUUCCAAAGCGAUCUAUUGAUGACUGUGCGCGUCGCGAACGACUUCAAGACCGAAGCGCAACGAGAACUGGAACGACUCGUCUCCGAGAACAAGAUCGCGCGCGACCGCAUAAGGCUGCUGGAAGACCAGAUACACUCCAUGAAGGCGAUACCGCCGCGGUCGGAGGAGACGCCGCCGCCUCCGCCGCUGUUGACGAGCGCCUCGCUGCAGGACAUCAUGGCCACCGCAGCUUCGCACAGGAGGAACAAAGGCGUGAGUCGGCAAGAUUCCCGCUUAUCGGUGAAGAGUUUGAUCGAAAGCAUAGAGAACGCAGCUAAAGCUGCUAAGCAGCAGUCGCCAGCGACAACACCUGUCAACGAGUGGCCGCCGCAGGUGCAAGCUGCAGUGAGCGUGUCGACGUCCACCAGCUCUAUAAAGAACGGCAUGACGGAGAGCGCGGCGGCGCCGGCCAACGGUCUCGGCGGCGCCGCGUUCGCCGCCAAGCCGCCGGCCGCGCGCGCCGCCAGGCCCUCGCCGAUCACUGCCGAGGCGGCGGCGGCGGGCGGCGCCAACAUCCCCGACGAGCAGCGCGCGCUCGCCUCGCUGCAGCAGAAGGCGAUCGAGUCGUUCGUGCGACGCAACUCUUACGGCGAUAUAUGUGAAAGGAAAGAUCCUUUGAACGCGUUGCAAGUGAAGAACGGCGGGUCGAAGCGCAACGCUUUGCUCAAGUGGUGUCAACAGAAGACUUUAGGAUACAACAAUAUUGACAUUACGAACUUUAGUUCAUCGUGGAACGACGGCAUGGCGUUGUGCGCGUUGCUGCACUCGUACCUGGGCGAGGGUCGCAUCCCGUACGCGACGCUGUCACCGCACGACAAACGCACCAACUUCUCUGUCGCAUUCGCAGCCGCCGAGUCUGUUGGCAUACCUACCACGUUGAACAUUCAAGACAUGAUACAACAAGAGAGGCCGGAUUGGCAGCAAGUGAUGGCCUACGUAACCAGCAUAUACAAACACUUUGAAACGUAAACUGGUUGACAUAGAUGAGACUGCAAGGUUUAAACAUCAAUAACCCAGUAUCUGAAAUAAAGAAGACACCUAAAGUUAUUGAAAUAAAUUGUAAGUUCUUUAUACAAUUCAAAAUCAGUCAGACUAGUCUAGAGUUCAUUAUUUUAUGCACCUUUUACGCUCUCGUUAAUUUUUGUAAAGAAUAAAUCCGACCCACUUCGAGUAACUUCAAGGCGGUUGAGUUACAUAGUACAUAUUAGUAAUUGUUAUUUGACAGCUGACAAUUAUUUUCUCGUAUUUGCCAUCCGUCCACAGAAGAAAAAAUUAAAGGACGGCACAUUAGUAAUCAAAUAUGACAUGAUACAUGAUUAUUAUAAUGUAAUUUUGUGCGGUUUAAUAAACCCUUGCCUAACCUAAGGGCCCUUUAACAGCAAACACAAAUCAUUGAUGUAUUUUUGUUUUUAGUAAGCACACAUCCGUAAUUUAUUUAAUAGUGUCUUAUAAAACCAAUGUGAUUUAAUAAUGGCUAAAGGAAUUGAAAGAUAUAAUUAUAAGGAAGAGAUGGUAAAAUGUAGGUAUUGCAAUAAUUAAAAGUCAUUGAAAAAUGUAAUGGAGUCGAUAAACAUAAGUACAUUACCAGGAACAUUGCUCAGGAUUUAGAUAUUCAUAAAAUUUGUAUUGAUAUUAUUAAUAUAUCGAUAUUUGAAUGAAUUGCAUAGCAUUGUGACUAUGAUUGUGAAUUUGAUGUAGUCUAAGUCGGCGUCUUAAAUGACAAUCGCUUGUACGAAUCCUAUCGCAUUGAUCGUACGAAUUCGCACUUAAACGCACGAACCUUUUUUAAUCAUCGUAUAUUUAGAACUUAUCGCCAAUGUUCGGGCGAUCGGUUUAAUAAAUGUUAUAAGAGCUUUAAUCGCGUUAUUUAUACGAAUCAGAAUCGUACGAUCGAUCCCAAUUAAGGCAAUGUUUAAUUUUGAUUAUUUAAAAACGCUAUAAUCAAAUAAAGCAGCGUUCUACUUUCAUAUAAUGCAAGCUAUUAUAAAAACAAUAUCGUAAUAGUAUAGCGACGGUAGGAAUACAUUUUGAGUCUUCAUAUAUGCUAAUAUCUUUACUCUAAUAACUUGUUCUUGUUCAAUAUUCGUACUUAGCACACCGUGUCGAAAAUUUUUAUUAUUAUUAUUUAUUAUUUAUUAUUUAUAUACGCUAGCUUAUCAAGUAUCUAAUUUCGUUGACUUUUAUUUUUUCUUUAGUUUAUUAACAAACUAAAGAAGAUAAUGAAUUUCUAUUUACUAUAAGUACUUGAAUAAGCAAGGCAGAUAAGCAAUAGUGAUGAAAUCCUGUGGCAUGCACUUAGUGGCGAAGUGUGAAAUUUUUAAAAAAAGUAACCUUAUGCAUAAAAAUGCCUUAGUUAAUAUAUCGUGGCCACUUUCACAGAAAAUAAAAACUAAGACAAACAUAAAUAAACCUAAAAGGGAAGCCGGUAGGAAUCGGGUUGUAUGGACGCUUCACCACUCACAUGCAGUUCUUUCUACAACUUCAACAUUAAUAUUCAAAGUACAAUUCUCAUGCACAUGUAUUUUGUACAUUAACUGUUUGAAGUUACGACACUAGGGACUGACUAAAAUAAAUCUUUAUCGGCAGCUGAUUUGUUAUCCUUUUUAAUUAUAAACUAUUUUCAAUCACUGUAUGCCAAGUUACUUCUUAUCUCUAUUCUUAUAAAUACAUUUGGAUGGUUGUAUGAUGUUUGCUAAAACUAAACGCGCAAACAGCUAAACGAGUUUGUAUGAAAUUUGGCACACGGGCGGGCGAAUUCGCACGCAACACUUAAUUUUAAAUAAACACAAUGAAAAUACUGAUAUGUAACAAUAACACUAGGUAGUCCGUAAACUGACUUUAUAAAUGUUUGUACGUAACAGGAGAAAUAAAAACAACCAGAACUAUCUAGAAAAAACAAAAUAAAUUUGUAUAAAGAAGUAGCAAUUGAUGUGUAAUCUAAAGCUCGAUAAGUCAGUCUCGAUGUUUACAACGCAAAGGUUGUAAUCGACAUUCCUAAAGGUAGUUAAGUACUAGUGUGAUAUUUACGCAACGUUCGCCGCUUUAUAUCCACAUUAGAAUCGCCUUAUAUCGCCUUAUCACGCGUUUAAUAAGACCGUCUUUCUGUUAUAAAAGACUGAUACGAUAGGUUUGUAGUUGUGAUAACAUCUUGGUGUGAUUCUCUCUUAAAUAGUUCACAUGUGUAUAUACAUGAUGUCGAUAUUUUAGACCCACGCACGGUUUUCGAAUGAUUAUGGAUAUCGAUAAUCGAUACACGUACUUUUUUAUAUGUUUUAAAGUACAAUCGUUUUCGUGUAAUAAAUUAUGUCGAUAGGUUUUAAUCGUUAAACCGUUUUUAUUAAACGAUCUCAAUCCUAAUCUUCGAUCUAAUCCCAAGAAUAAACUAAGCAAAACGUCAUUGGUAAGCUUAGCAGUAAACCUUUGUUAUUUGUCAAUUUUCUCGAAUGAUUGAAAACGAAUGGGGCCCUUUAUUGGAAAUGGCGCUUGGUCAACUCAUUGAACAAAACAUGAAUUGAAUCCAUGAGGCAUCGGAAUGUUUGCCGGCAAACAUGAUAGCUACAUGACAUUUACGUGUGUCACGGCAAUAUAACCUUAUAUACUACAUAAUAAGGUGACACGCGUAAUGUCAUGUAGCUGUCAUAUUUGCCGGCAAACAUUCCGAUGCUUUAAGUUAUCGUGCAAGGACAUAAGUAUUCGUAGAUGCGAAUAUUUAGUAAUCUGGUAUUAUAAGGUAAUACUUGUUUGUGUACUAUUUAAGACAGAAACUAUAGUAUUAAGGUAAGGGUAGAUGAGAUGCCUUAAAGAUGGAGACGGCCUUGAUAUUUGCAUGUGUCUUGUAUUUAUUAUAGAGAGGAGAUUUAAAGUUUAUCGACAGUUGAUAUUGUGCUAUAAACGGCUUACGACAUAAAAAUAGAACCUUUAUUAAUGAAAGUCCAAUGACUAUGUUUAUGAAGAUAUUUAUUAUAUCAUGUGGUUGACCUAAAUAUGUAAACCAUGUUUUACAGACAGUAAUUAAUUAACAUAUUUUUAAUUAUAUGUUAUGAAUUCAACACUUUAACUUAAAAGCCGUAUCUAAUUAUGUAAUAAUUAUCUUUAUUACCCAGAGGCUCAACACAAUAUCGACUGAAAUAAACUUACAAUGUCCGCUUCAUUCUAACGAUCGUUUUAAAUAAACGAUCCCAAUUUUAAUCCUCGAUCCAAUCCGUAGCGUAGCUUGCCAUCGAGGAGCCCUAUAUCUAUAUUUGUUGGGGGUUCUUCAGGACAGUGCGAACUUUUAGACGGCCGCUUAGUUUAAUGCUAUGGGUCAAGAGGGGCCCCAAAGCUCGGGGGGCCCGUAUCACUGAUUGGUUGAUACAGCGGUAGCUACACCCCUGGAUCCGAUCUCGAAAAUAAAUCUAUCAAAAUAAGUCAUCUUAAAAUUACAAGUAUGUCAAGCUUCUAUGAUUAGUUUCAUUUUCGCGAUGAAGCGAAAAAGGCGAUUGGGAUCUUUUGUAGAAAACGGCUGUGAAUGAAGUUUACCAUUAUAACCUUACAAUGUAGUAGAUUGCGUAGUCUUUUUAUAUUUUUGGUAUUAAUAUUAUCAUCAAAUAUUUGGACGUAUAAUCAAUUACAACACAAUUAACUUAAAAUUAAUUUAUCUGACAUGACCAAUAUUCUUUUUCGUAGACUUAUAGAACAUUGUAUAUUUAGUGUAAUUUGAAUAACUGUAAUCUGAUUAGUAGUGAAUGGAUAAUAUUUAACAUUUCAAUAUAACAUUCAGUACAUAACAUAAAUUUCAGAAUUACAAUUGCACAUAAACUGCUAUUAGCAAAAUAUUGAGGAAAUUGCAUAGAUACUUACUAACAAAAUAAGCAAA